AUGCGGCAGGCAACAGAUCAUUACCUGAGCGGCAAUUACGAGGCGGCAGUCUCUGCACUCAAAGAAACCAUCAGGAAGGCGCCAGGGCUUCAUGAUCCUUUCCAUCUCCUUGUCCGUUGUAUAUACCUGAGCCGCGGCGCACAGAAAGCUACGGGGAAUGCGGUCGAUACCCCUGGAUGCUCUAGCUAUGAAAAUGCAGAGCGCAACGUAUCAGAUAGCGACUCGGGGAAGGAGGCCGUGCAAAGAGACGUCGAGGCGAAAGGCUGCAGCGGCAGGGCUAAAGAGACGGCGACAAGCGAAAAGAAGAGCUCUUCCAGAGCGGUGGCAGAGGAAGCGAAUGGUGAUGGCAGAGACGCAAGCGAGGAGGCGACAGAAAGAAGCAAAGACGGCGAAGAGGAUCACGACAUGCGGCAGCUGGAAGAGAACGUGACCUUUCAGUUGGCUCAAGUGUACAAACAAAUGGGGGCUCACGAGCGUGCCUGCGCAGUGCUGCAGCCUCUGCAUUCACGAAACUGGGGUUUGGCGCCUCUCUCCUCGCUCUUAGCGUUUUGCCUUCAUAAAUCGGGGAGGCUCCAGGAGGCUAGAGAGGUCUUGGAAGGUGCCCUCUAUAAGCUACUCCCUCACGAGGCCACCCAACAGCUCAUGCUGGAGCUUCAAAGGGAUCUUUUACACCAGCAGCAUCAGCCGCAGCGACAGGAAGAGCAUGAUCAGCAUGAGCUCGACUCAGCAGCAGCCAAGUGCUCCAAGGCCGUCCUGUCUGAAGCAGAUGCUCCGUCGCAGUCGGCUACAGCGACAGCAGCAACGCCAACGAGCAGCAACGUUAGCCCGGAGCAUUCGCUUCUGCCUCUCAUGGAAAAAGAGCAACAAGACUGCUUGAAUAUGCUGUGCGAAAUAGAUGCAGAGGAAGGGAGGCACAGCCACUGCCUUCUUCUUAUUCAGUCCUUCCUAGGGGCCGCUCCUCUCACCUCUGCCCCUCUGGAUUUAGCCGUGAAACUGGCUGCUGCCGGCGUCAUCACGGGCAAGCUGGACUGCUCAGCAGAGGUGGAGGCCCGGCUGAAUGCAGCAGCGCUGAGGAGGAGGCCUGCAGGCGGAAGCCCGAAGGCUGCUGCAGCGAGUGCUAUCCCUGCCGCAGGCACAAACGGAUUCCGGGGUGUGUGUGGCUCCUUCCUCGUCGCAUCUGUUGACUCCUGCUGCGUUGCUCCUACGCACACCUGCGCGGCACUGGAGGAACGAGAGAACGUCAUCCUGGCAGCUCUCUUGGGGCACCUGUCCCUCCCGUCCCCUCCUCCCUCUGUCGUAGACGCGCGGCUGGCGGCUUUAGGCAGAAAUACACAGGGAUACGCAGCUGUACGUCGCCUGCUGUGCGCUGUGGGCGUUUUCAGCUGUCUGUGA